CAUCCGUGCACGCGCACCGACGUACGCGGAUGGUGGCGCGUAAAGGGCUCUGACGUCAGCGGCAAGAUCCGCGUCGCGUGGAAAAUCGUGACUGCUCGCCCUCUACGGGCCGCCACAAGCAACUACAACAACAGUGAACGAACUUGAAAUACUUGACGUAGCGGAAGCAGGAAGGUGAGCUCCAACGCGUCGGUGGACUUUUUCAAGCGCUUUCAACUGGCCUGUUGCUCAAAUGGCGGCCUGCGCGGCGCUGCGGACCGGGACGCUCCUCCUGCUGCUUGUGUCCGCACUCCACGGGCCGAGCUGCGCGGUGUCGGAACCCGGCAAAUGGGUCCUGAACGUGGACACUGACACUUUGAGGAAGCACAACCUUUUCGUCUUUGCUAAAACUCUGUUCAACAACAGCGUCAUCCAUCUUAAAUUGGCGGCAGAGAGCUGCAACUCGUCUUCCCCAGUGCACUUGAACGUCUCGUGGUACCUGAGGAGUUCACGGUGCUACGAUGAAGUCUUCGGUGUGGACGCGACACGAGCGGAACGGUACUUCGGGUCCGCCGAGGUGAAUCCGGGAGGAGGAAGUGGUUUCUUCGUGUUCCAUCAGUACCCGCUCGUCACUUGCCAGCCACGUGUGGACCCCAACAUAUUUGGUCUGGAUGCCUUUGACGUGAAAACUCGACUGACUGAAUUGCAGACUUUUCAGCCAAUCACAGAGAAGACCCCCGGCAGGAAGCGCAAAGAGGCGGAGCUUCCAAAAGCGAAGAAAACAAAAUGCGACUUAAGACGGUGCGGCUCGGGUUCUGACCAGAUCAAGGCAGUCACAACUAAUUACUCCGAUUCGAAAGUCUCUGCACUGGCUCCCAGUCUGCGUUACAAUCGAUUUUCAAGUUGGAGACAUGAAAUCUGUUGCCAUGAGCGCUCUUCAUCACCGAACGGUUUCGGUCCUGGAUCCCGCAAAGACUCGCUAAGGGGACGGAAACCCCGUAGGGCUCCGAGAUCUGCCGACUCGGGUCAGAUAACGGAGCACAAAGGGGAAACUCAAAACACGGUGAGGCGGCUUUUAGCCGCUGUGCUGCACGCAAACGGGGUGACAAAUUUGUUCCUCGUCCUCCAGCCGGCUCCAGGAGAGGCAGACGAGCAGCAGAAGAAGAAGAAGAAGAAGACGACGACGACUUCUGCGGGAGACUCCGACGUUCCUCACAAACAGGCCGCCUCACGCGCGCACUUCGAUGCGGUGGCUGAGAGCUGGGCGGACGGUCCGUACGUGUUCCUGCUCAGCGUCCGCGAGGUCAAAGAGAAGAACCGGGCUCCCGACCCGGCCCGCGGCCCCCCGGCCCCCUGGAACCUGCGGCUUCAGGUGAGCAUGAAAGGACCUCACGACUACAUCUCGGCCUCAGAAUGGCCGCUCAUGCUGUUCUACAUGGCGAUGUGCGUGGCGUACGUGCUGCUGGCGCUCUUGUGGCUUCUGCUGUCGGCGUGCUACUGGAGGGACCUGCUCAGGAUCCAGUUCUGGAUCGGAGGCGUCAUCUUCCUGGGCAUGCUGGAGAAAGCCGUUUACUACGCCGAGUUUCAGAGCAUCAGAUACAACGGCUUGUCUGUCCAGGGCGCGGUGGUGUUCGCUGAGGUUCUGUCCGCCGUCAAGAGGACGCUGGCCCGCGUGUUGGUCAUCAUCGCCAGUCUGGGAUACGGCAUCGUCAAGCCCAGGCUGGGCGCGUUGCUUCAACGCGUGGUGGGCGUCGGCCUGCUCUACCUCAUGUUCUCCGUGGUGGAGGGCGUCCUACGGGUCAACGCCGAUCGAGGCGACAACGCCGGCAGUAUACUUGUGUGCGACGUGGUGCUCGCCUUCACCGACUCGUGCGUCAUCUGGUGGAUCUUUGUGAGUCUGGCUCAGACGAUGAAGCUGCUCCGACUUCGCCGGAACCUGGUCAAGCUCUCUCUCUACACGCACUUCACCAACACGCUCAUCUUCGCUGUCAUCGCGUCAGUCAUCUUCAUCGUUUGGACCACGAAGACCUUCAAGAUGGCCAAAUGUCAGUCUGACUGGCGUGAGCUUUGGAUCGAUGAUGCUUUCUGGCGUUUCCUGUUCUCCGCCAUCCUAUUGGUCAUCAUGUUCCUGUGGCGACCGUCGGCCAAUAACCAGAGGUACGCGUUCAGGCCUCUGGUGGACGAUGAGGAGAGCGAUGAAGAGGAGGAGGACGAGCUCAUGGUGAACGAAGCUUUCGAGGGCAUGAAGAUGAGGGGCGUGAAGAACGAGCCCAACGGUGCCAGCAGAGCCAACAAAGUGGAUGAAGAUCUGAAAUGGGUGGAGGAGAACAUCCCGUCGUCCAUGGCCGACGUCGCCCUGCCGCCCCUGCUCGACUCGGACGAGGAAACCAUGACGACCAAGUUCGAGAUGUCCAAGAUGGAGUGACGCCUUUGAGGACGGAAGAGGAAAGCAACGUUUGUGUGACCGAUCGCCAACUUUAUGAGCUUUGUAAGCGUCAACUGGACGAACACUCACCGUGGCUUUUUUUUUUUUUUUUUUUUUUUUUUUUUUUUACACAAAUACUUUUUAUAUUUAUGUACAUAAACACACACACACAGCCAUAUUUUGACAGCUUCUUUGCAUGUAACAAUGUCAUGUCGUGUAUGCCGUUGCCAUGGCAGCACUGCUGUCGUGCGUGUGUGUUUUUGUGUUGUGCUCGGGCUUGUGUUUGGACUGCUCCAAAUCAUAGCGGCGUGUCUUUAGAAACCUUCUUUCACUUUCAUUCAGCAUCCCUCGCUCACGAUUAUUAUUGAUCAUCACUUUUCUGCUGUCAUGACUAAAAAUGUCUUCUUAAAAAGUUCA